UAAAUCGCUUCAAUCGGCAUAAAGUAUUUCAGAGUUGUAGCAUUCGACCUGUUUGGCUGCAGCUACCCAAUCAACAGGAACUUCUGGAACAGGCCCAGAUAAUAUACCCCAAAGCCAUCAUGACCCACCAGUUUCCAGCCCUCUCUUCAGAGCAGAAAAAGGCCCUCUCUGACAUAGCCCAGAGGAUAGUGGCCACAGGCAAAGGAAUCCUGGCUGCAGAUGAAUCCGUGGGAACUAUGGGGAACAGGCUGCAGCGGAUCAAAGUGGAAAAUACCGAAGAGAAUCGCCGUGCCUUCCGCGAGAUCCUCUUCUCUUCAGACUCUUCCAUCAAUCAGCAAAUUGGGGGAGUUAUUUUCUUCCACGAGACCCUCUAUCAGAAGGACAGUACUGGAAAGCCCUUCCCAGCCGUCAUCAAGGAUAAGGGCAUAGUGGUUGGAAUCAAGCUGGAUAAAGGCACGGCCCCACUGGCAGGAACGAAUGGAGAAACCACCAUUCAAGGUCUGGAUGGCUUAGCUGAACGCUGUGCCCAGUAUAAGAAAGAUGGAGCAGAUUUUGGCAAGUGGCGAGCUGUGCUGAAGAUCACUGAUACAACUCCAUCUACUCUUGCCAUCCAGGAAAAUGCCAACACGUUGGCACGUUACGCCAGUAUUUGCCAACAGCAUGGUCUAGUCCCCAUUGUGGAACCUGAGAUCUUACCUGAUGGAGAACAUGACCUCCAGCGCUGCCAGUAUGUGACAGAAACGGUGUUGGCUGCUGUUUACAAGGCCCUGAUUGAUCACCACGUCUACCUGGAAGGAACUCUGCUGAAGCCCAACAUGGUGACUGCAGGGCAUGCUUGUUCCAGGAAGUAUGCCCCUGAAGAGGUGGCCAUGGCAACUGUUACAGCGCUCAGACGCACUGUCCCUGCUGCUGUUCCUGGAAUCUGCUUCCUUUCUGGAGGCCAAAGUGAAGAGGAGGCUUCCAUUAACCUCAACGCCAUCAAUCUGUGCCCCCUGCCCAAACCUUGGAAGCUGACUUUCUCCUAUGGACGGGCCCUGCAGGCAUCUGCUCUAGCUGCAUGGGGUGGCAAAGCCGAGAACAAGAAGGCUGCGCAGGAGGCCUUCUGCACCCGGGCAAAGAUUAAUGGUUUAGCCAGCAAAGGCCAAUACACCACCUCCGGAAAGACCAGUGCUGCAGCCAGUCAAUCGCUUUUUACUGCGAGUUACACAUACUAGAUCCAUGUCAGCUUGGAUUCAGGUCAUUCCUCCAUGCAACUGAAAGAAGACGACCAAAAAGGCAAAGAUCGCAUAACACAAUUUGCUGGGAAGCUGGGUUGGAACAGCAAGCACCUUUGCAUCUCUCUGGUCUUAACACAAGGCUAACACAGCCUCACCACAUCCUCACACGUCAGAUAAAUUGGAUGGCUUUUGUGGGUUGCUGACUUUAAUUCUUUCUCAAUACAAUUGGGCUUUAGAUCAGGGACUGCUUUUCAGGGAUAUCAGACUUAAGGCCUCCAGGCCCACCCAGGGCUUUAAUCCAGCCUGUGGCUCUUUUCUCCCCUCUCCGCCCCCCCCACCUCUCCUCACCCUUUGAAGCUCCAGGCUGCCAAAGUUCCCAGCUCCCUCUGCCUGCUUUGGCAGGAAGCUCUUCUGGGGUUGCAAAGAAAAUGCAGAAUGGAUUUUCCAUUAAGGGCCCAGAUAGACUACUCUGUGGGACCAUUUCUAAGCUAUAGAAACAGUGCUCUGGGACUGGAAUGGCAGCCUCCAGAGUGGAAUGACAGUCUCUAGCAAUGGAAUCUGUGGCCUGGAACUGAAAUGACAGGGCGUAGGGUGGAAUGACAGUCCCUGGACUAGCAGCAGUGUUCUGGGAAUGCUCUGGGAGCCCUCAUCCCAUUCCCCGAGCACUUCUGCUACUUGCAGGGACCAUCAUUCCACUUUGGGGAUGGUCAUUCUAGUCCCAGAGUAGUCUAUCUGGGCCCAGAGGCCUUAAUGGCAGAUCCAUUUCACGUUUUCUUUACAACUACAUCUGUACUGCAGUGUAUUUCAAUGGAGCAGAGCCCAAGUAGUUUCAGUAUCCAGUUUUGUGUGCUGCUGAAGCUGUUGCUUGAGUUAUCAACCACUUACUUGCAAGGAGACAUUUUGAGCCAGCUUGUCUCUGCUGAAUGGACCUGAGAACGGGUGCCUGAGUGAAUACUCUAACCUGGGAACCCACAGCCAAGGGGGACAUUACAGUGGAGAGCCACUGCCACUCAUAAGGGUUUUAAACAUGUUUUUUAUUUUAAUUUUUAAAAAUAUUUUAAUUGGGUUUGUCUGUAUUCUUUAUAAAGUUUAUAUCUCCGCCACCUGGUAUUACAUUUUACAACACGCAUGGCCUGGCCCAACACAGUCCCAUUUAUGUCAGAUCAGGCCCUCAUAACAAAUGAGUUCAACACCCCACUAGGUGCUUCCUAACUGGAGCACUGGGAAUAUCCAUACCCUGAAUCAUCAUCACCAAGAAUGAAUAAAACCUCCAGCCACAAAACCUAAAACCUAGAGCAAAAAAAUGCAACACUUUUAUUGUACAGUGUUUCCAGUCCACAAGCUGUGAAUCUUUCUGCUGCAGCAAAAAGAAUAAAUGCCUGUAAAAAAAUCA